UUCCUGUUUGGUUUCAAAAUAUUAGCACGAAUACGCUAAGUAGUCGACAAGUGUGAAUGUAACUUUCGAAACGAGUAGAUAUGUGAUUAUUUGGUCGUAUAUUUCUUGCUAUAUUGAUUCACAUGAUGACUCAAAGUAGGCAUUUCGGAGCGUUUACGCAUUUGGAUUUUAUUUUGAAAGCUUGACCAGAAAUCGCACUCCUGUUUCACGGUCGCUAGCAUGACACUAGUUGUGAUGUUAGCCUGUUUUCUUGGACGCUCCUAGCUCUUAUCCCACCGCCCUGCUAAUUACCUCAAGCCCCCCCUCAGGAAACCAUGGCCUCGGAGGCCUCGGGAUCCCCUCAGUCGUCCGAACAUGACGAGGUGCUCCAGCAGCGUGUGGCAGCUCUGGAGCAGGAGAGGGCCGAGUUCAUCAAACUCAAGCAGCAGCUGGAGGCCGAGUUCAACCAGAAGCGGGCCAAAUUCAAAGAGCUUUACCUCUCCAAGGAAGAGGAGCUGAAGAGGCAGACGGCGGCACUGGGGGACGCCAACUCCGAGCUCAACUCUGUCCAGGCCCAGCUGGCUCAGGCCCAGGCCGAGAUAGAGACCAUCAAAGCCGUGGCCACCGUGUCAGAAAACACCAAACAGGAAGCCAUCGACCAGGUCCGCAGCCAAUGGCAGGAGGAGGUGGCGUCCCUGCAGGCCAUCAUGAAAGACACAGUGUGUGAGUAUGAGGUCCAGUUCCACCAGCGGCUGGAGCAGGAACGCGCCCAGUGGAACCAGUACCGCGAGGCGGUGGAGAGGGAGCUGGGCGAGCUGAGGCGUCGGCUCUCUGAGGGUCAGGAGGAGGAGAACCUGGAGGAUGAAAUGAAGAAAGCCCAGGAAGAUGCAGAGAAGCUGCGUUCAGUGGUGAUGCCCAUGGAGCAGGAGAUCGCAGCCCUGAAAGCCAAGCUGGCCACGGCUGAGGAGAAAGUGAAGGAGCUGGAGGCCUCAAAGGUUAAGGAGCUCAAUCAUGUUCUGGAGGCUGAGAAGUCGUGUCGUACAGACCUGGAGAUGUACGUGGCUGUGCUGAACACCCAGAAGUCCGUCCUGCAGGAAGAUGCGGAAAAACUACGGAAAGAGCUUCAUGAUGUCUGUCACAAGCUGGAGUUGGAGAGGCAGCAGCACAACCAGCUGAAGCACACGUGGCAGCGAGCCAACGACCAGUUCCUGGAGUCUCAGCGCCUCCUCAUGAGGGACAUGCAGCGGAUAGAGAGUGUGCUGUCAUCAGAACAGCUCCGCCAGGUGGAGGAGAUGAAGAAGAAAGACCAGGAGGAGGAUGAAAAGGAGCGUCUGAGUCAAGUGAAGGACCUGCAUGAGGAGGAUGGAGGAGACAACACUGAGCCUUUGGAGGAUUUAUUCCUCGGCCUCAGCGUCGAGGAGCCCCAUGUGAACCACAGCGCUCACGGCUCCAUGCACUCUUUAGACACCGAGGUGGUGGCAGGCAGCCCCAUGGACCCUUACAAGGACAACCUGCGGAGAGUUCAGUCCACUGACAGCCUCGGUUCCUCGCUGUCUGCCCAGCAGGGCCUCGGCGGCCAGAACCACAAGGCCAAGUCAGCCAGCCACUUAGACGAGUCGGACUUUGGGCCUUUGGUGGGGGCCGACAGUGGGGUGACAGACAGUAGUUUUGGAGAGACCGCGUCAAUCAGCUCAAUCAAGCUGACAGCAAGUCACUUCCUGCUGACUAAAGACCAGGAGAAGGCGAUCAAAGCCAUGACCCCCGAGCAGGAGGAGACGGCGUCGCUGCUGUCCAGCAUCUCUCACGCCCCAGACACUGCUUACUUACCGCCUGCGGGCUACCGGCUCGUCAGCGACAGCGAGUGGAACCUGCUACAGCAAGAGUUGAAAAAUGCCGGCAGGAAGCUCGGCCGACGGUGUGACAUGUGCUCCAACUAUGAGAAGCAGCUGCAGGCCAUCCAAGGACAGGAGGCCGAGACGAGAGAUCAGGUGAAGAAGCUGCAGGUGAUGCUACGACAGGCCAACGAUCAGCUGGAGAGGACGAUGAUUGAGAAGCAGAAUUUGGAAGAUUCAGUCAAAGCAGGCAACGAGGAAACCGCCGCUAAGGUGUCUGCCCUCAUGCAGAGAGUCCAGGAAUCAGAAAUGCUGCUCAACACACUACAGCAGGCCUUCAGCGACGCUAAGAGGAACACGCAGGAACAGAUGGCGGUGCUGCUGAAGUCGAGGGAGCAGGUGGCAGAUGAGCUAAGUCGACUACAGAGAGACAACGAGAGUCUGCAGGGAAAACACAGGCUGCAUUUAGAACUACAGCAGCAAGAAGACUUCCAAAUGCCCACUACUGUUCAAGAGCUCCAAGGCCUGGUGCUACUGUUGCGUGAGGACAUGGUGGCGUUACGGACGUCUGCCGAUCACAUGGAGGAGAAGCUGAAAGCUGAGAUCCUGUUUCUGAAGGAGCAGAUCCAGGCAGAGCAGUGCCUGAAGGAGAACCUGGAGGACACUCUGCAGCUGGAGAUCGAGGGGUGUAAGGAGGAAAUAGACAUCUUGGAAGCGUCUUUCUCCAGUUUGAAGACGGAGCUGGAGCGAAUAAAGGCGGAGAAGGAACAGUUGGAAAGCAGUCUGGCCAAGAAGACUGAGACACUGGAGAGCCUCCAGGGCCUGAGGAUCAGCCUGGAGCAGCAGCUUAAAGAGCUCACCACUGCAAAGAGUGCACUAGAAAGUCAGGUCCUCGAUGAGAGGGACAAAGCCCAGCGGCUGCAAACAGAGCUGGACGUCAGCGAGCAGGUUCAGAAGGACUUUGUCAAACUUUCUCAGACCCUUCAGGUACAGCUGGAGCGAAUACGACAGGCGGACUCCUUGGAUCGAAUCAAAGUAAUCCUCAAUGACACCAACUUGACUGACAUCAAUCAGCUUCCUGACACAUGAUACCACUGAAUGAAGACUGCCUUCACUUUCAUUCCCCUUCUUUCUCUUUCACCGGCCCAGUAACAUGUUACCUGACCCUUCCUCUAUCCUCCUCCUCCUCCCCAUUACCACCCCGGAAGAGUUUGGAGGGACAAGGACAGACGUGGCAUGAGGAGCUCAUGACGUUUUGUGUACAUUAGAAGUCUCUGAACGCUCCGCAGAUAGAAUAAUGAAGAAGAACACUACUAAAAAAUGAAAUGUAAAUAACUAAAUGUGGACGGAGGGAGUGGAGGUCCUUCUCCCUGUGGGUCUGUCUGUGUCUUGUUUCUACUGUAGAUACGACUGUCUGUAGUAGCGCAACCAAAAAGGUUUGUCGUCCUCUAAAGCACUUUUCAUCUGCAACUUCUCUUUCCAGGUUAAUGGAAAACAAUUGGAUGCAUAAAUUUUCCUCCUUCUGGCCUCAGAAUGGUUGAUAAUCGCUUCUUCACUCCUCUUGCUUGUUUAUUUUUUUUGUGUGUGCGUGUGUGUUUUUUUUCCCCUCCAGUUUUCUUGCUGUUUUUCUGUGACAUUUCCACCCUCUUCUGGUCAUUUUUAACCCUGUGACGACAACAACACAAAUGAAGGACGGAAAAUACUUGCACUUAAUUUAACUGGAAUUAGAAAAUAAGGACCAUAACAGGAUGCGAGCAAUACCCUCCAUGUCUUCGGCACCCUCUGUUGCUCUUAGUGUCUGAAAGACACCUUUUGUUUUUAAAGCUGCAGAAAUACAGUGAAGAAACAUUAGUCACGUUCAAAGUUGUGUUUUGUUUCUCAGUGUGUUAAACACUAGUUAAUUCAGGUCAUUUCAGGUAAGAGGAUGUUUAGGUGAGGUGGGAAAUUACAGAAUUAAAACAGGACAAUAAUGGCUUUUAACACACACUUUGCUCCUGUUGUUUUGUUUUUUGACUUUCUUAAUGUACAUCUGAAGAUCUUUAAUUAUAGUGGGCUUUUUAAAUUAUGAUGAACGAUUGCCCGCAGGCCUGUUGUCUCCCCGAGGAGUGAAUUUCCUGUCUGAUGGUUGAUUUUUCUAAAGUGUAAAGAAACGGUUCAUUCAUCACUACGAGGAUUCUGUUGUCUCUGAAGCUACUAAUUAAAUUAAGUCACCUUUAA